AUGACGGCGACGACGACGCCGGACGACGCGAUGGAGGACGCGCGUCCGUCGCGCGACCGCGGCGCGCGCGUCGCGGAGUUGCGGGCGUCGUUCGAGAGCGCGCUGCGGGCGUGCGCGGAGCCGCCGACGGCGCAGGAAUUCAUACGCGCGUUUCCGGGGUUGAAUCCGGCGCACCACGCGGCGCUGUACGACGCGUACGCCGAGGCGUUGAGAUCCGUGGGGCGACACGCCGAGGAGGAAUUCGAGGCGAUCUGCGAGGAAGAGAGCGUGGAGGCGCGAUUGAAUGCGAUCGAUGCGCUGUGCGCGGAGCGAGGGGUGAUGGAUCUGGACGUCGCGUCGAACGCGGCGCGCGUGGCGUACUCGGGAAAGUCGCCGGAUGAGGUGGCGCGGAACACGCGCGCCGAGGCGAAGCGAAAGGAGGCGGAGACGCUGCGCGAGGAGGCGGCGGCGCUCGAGAUGGCGGCGCAGGAGACGAUCGCCGCGUUAGAGGCGAAGCGCGAGGCGGUUCGGGCGGCGGCGACCGGGCUGAAGACUGGCACGCAGGGCGGCGACGUCGUGCAAGACGCGUCGACGCGGUGGGCGGCGCGAGCGCCGCAGCCGCUCAAGUCUUGA